AUGCUCAGGGGCUUCAGCGGCGCUUUUGAAGGGGAGCGGGAGAGGUCCGACGUGGUAGCCUGCUGGUGCACGCAAAUGCUCUCUGGAGUACAAAUGCCAUCGGGGGAGUAUGAAGACCAAAUUCUCGGCCAGACGGUCAAAACCAAGUGGCUCUCCAUCGGCACUCUUUCUGCCACCGUCGCCGCGUCCUAUCUCGCCAUGUCGGGCGAGAGCAAGCCUAAGCAGCCCGCGUCGGGAGCGAAGCAGACGUUGGAGCAGGUGAAGGAGGCUGUUACCUUCAAGUCAUCGUCGUCAGAGGAGGAGGACUUGAUGAACAGCAUCAAGAAGUACAUCGCCGAGGCCGAGCAGGAGGCGAAGCACUGA